AUGAAAAUUGAGAGCUUUCUACUUCUCAAUAUCUCAUUUUCGCUGUUCAUAGGACUUGUUUUUGGAACAAGUUCAGUAGGGAAUGCUCGUUCAAGUUUGUGCAUGGAGAGGGAGAGGCAAGCUCUUCUCAAGUUUAAGCAAGGUCUCAUAGAUAACUCCGGUAUCCUCUCAUCAUGGGGGAUAGAAGAUGAGAAAAAAGAAUGUUGCAGUUGGGAGGGUGUGAAGUGUAGCAAUAUAACAGGUCAUGUUGUAGUUCUUAUUAUUCAACCACCUUUAUGGUACGGUAAUGGUUAUCCAGACUUCUCUAGUGAUUCAAACUUGAGAGGUAGUAUUACUCCUUCAUUGCUUGAACUGCAACAUUUGAAGCACUUGGACCUUAGUUAUAAUGAUUUUGGUGGAAGUCGAAUACCGGAUUUCAUUGGUUCUUUUCCAAGACUGGAAUACCUUAAUCUUAAGCAUGCUAACUUCUCAGGUGAAAUUCCUCAUACUCUUGGGAACCUUACCCAUUUGCAGAUUCUCGAGUUAUCUUGGAAUCAAAUUUCAGGACCUUUGCCAAACUUGAAAACAUUUUCAGCAUUGAGAGAGUUGCGUUUGAACAAUAAUCAAUUCAAAGGUAUAUUACCCCAAAGUGUCGGACAACUUUCAAAGCUAGAGAGUUUGAGUGUCAAUUCAAAUUUCUUAGAAGGUUCAAUCACAGAAUCACAUCUUUCAAACCUUUCUAACUUAAAAGAGUUGGAAUUAUCAUAUAACUCGUUCUCUUUUCAGUUGGGACCUAAUUGGAUUCCUCCUUUUGAGUUAGAUAUCAUAUCACUCUCCCGUUGUGAAAUGGGGCAUCAUUUCCCACAAUGGCUACGAACUCAGAAGACUUACUCCCAUCUUGAUAUCUCUUUCGUUGGUAUAUCAGGUGUAGCUCCUAACUGGUUUUGGGAUCUUUCUCCAGAAAUAAGCUACUUCAACAUUUCCAACAACAAAAUAAGCGGAGAGAUCCCUGAUUUGUAUUCCAAGUUUGUAGCAUCAAAGGAAUCUAAUUUUCCAACGAUGGAUUUUAGUUCAAAUAACUUAUCAGGUUUAGUGCCAUCAUUCCCUUCCAACUUGGACACAUUGAACCUUUCCAAAAACAAGUUUGUUGGAUCAAUUUCUUUCCUGUGUAAAAUAGCCAACCCUUUCUUCCACAUCGUUGACUUCUCAAAUAACCUACUUUCAGGCGAACUUCCCGAUUGUUUGAUGGAAUUUGAAGAACUAGCCACUCUUAAUCUAGCUAACAACAACCUACAUGGUAAAAUUCCCAGUUCUGUUGGUGCUUUGCACAAUAUCCAAUCUCUACAAUUGCGGAACAACAAUUUUACUGGCCAUCUGCCUACCUCUUUGAUGAACUGUUCUAUGUUGAAAAUCUUAGACGUGGGGGGGAAUAAGUUAAGUGGAGAAAUUCCAUCAUGGAUUGGCUCAGAAUUAACAUUCUUGGUUGUCUUAAGUUUGAGAGUCAACAAGUUCAAUGGAAAGAUACCUCCAAAUUUGUGUCGUCUGAAUCAAGUCCACAUUUUGGAUCUUUCUCGGAACAUCUUAUCAGGAGAAAUCCCACAAUGUCUCAACAACUUCACAUCUUUACUUCAUGAGGAUAGUUUAAACCCGAGCAUUAUUAUUAAUGCGGGUGGAGUGAAUGGACAAGGCUAUUACUAUUCUGCUGAAGAUUACAUGGGGGAUGCAUUAGUUCAAUGGAAAAGCAGUGAGUUUGUGUACAAUAAGACACUUGGGUUGUUGAAGAUAAUUGAUUUUUCUAGUAACGAUUUAGUUGGAAGAGUUCCUGAAGAAAUCGCACAAUUGGGUGGUCUACUUUCAUUAAACCUCUCAAGAAAUAAUUUAACAGGCAAUAUCAUAGAAGGAAUUGGAAAGAUGGAAAAUUUAGAAUCCCUUGAUCUAUCUGAAAAUCAGCUCACGGGCCGAAUUCCCACAAGUCUUGCUCAACUAACUUUCCUGAGCGUCUUAAACUUGUCGAGUAACAACUUGUCAGGGAAAAUUCCUUCAAGCACUCAGUUGCAGAGUUUUGAUCCCUCAUCAUAUGCAGGAAAUAAUGAACUCUGUGGCCUGCCACUCGCAGAAUGUCCUGGAGAUACGGAUACUCAAAGCCCUUCUGGUGAUCAUAGCAGAAUCAACAAUCUUGAUGAACAUGACGAGAUUUUUUCUAUUGGAUUUUAUGUAUCUGUGGCGAGUGGAUUCAUACUUGGAUUUUGGGGAGUGAUAUUCACUUUAAUCCUCAAGCAAUCAUGUAGAGAUGCUUACUUUCAACUGUUGACAAAUGUCGCGAAUUGGAUCUUUGUGUCAACAUUGUUGUCUCUACGCAAAUUGAAGAUGCUCUGGAGCUAG